AUGGCUUAUCCUAUCCACCUAACUUUUCCCAGAAAAAGAACUCACAAUGAAACGAGCAUGCUGGAGAUAAAAAUGACGAAAGAUAGUGCACGCAUUGGUAUCGGUAUUGAUGUAGGCUCAUCAAGCGCUAGAGUAGGCAUAUAUAAUUACGAAAAUGACGCAUUAUUAGGAAUGGCGCAAGAGCCAGUUCCAUACUACCAAGAUUCUUCGAGAACAUCAUGGAAAUUCUGGCAACGAUCAACUGAGAUAAUUAAAGCACUUCAAAAGUGUCUUCAAAAACUAAAAAUUACGGAAUAUAACGUUAAAUCGUGCGGCGUUUCUGCAACAUGUUCAUUAGCUAUUUUCGAAAAGGAUAAGAGAAACGGCAGCUUGAUACCAUAUCCCAACGAAGACAACGUAAUAUUUUGGAUGGAUUCAUCUGCAAUCGACGAGUGUAAACAACUGAAUGCCGAAUGUUCCCAACAGCUACUGGAUUUUUUGGGCGGGAGUUUCGUGCCAGAGAUGGGUAUUCCUAAGUUGAAAUAUUUCUUAAACGAAUAUUCCCAUAACCAAGACAAGCAGUUCCAUAUCUUCGACCUCCAUCAAUACAUUGCCUAUGAAUUGAGUCACUUAUACCAAUGGAACAAUGAGGUACUCUUGAAAAGGGAAAACAACAAAAUGGUAGGCGUCGAUGGAGAGGCAUCUGGCUGGUCACCUUCAUUUUAUGAAAACAUAAUGCAUUUGCCUUCUAAUGUAAUCAUUGGCUCAAACGGCGCUACUUGCAAGAAAAUAGCUUCAAGUGCUAUAGUUCGCAGUUGUAUUGACAGUUAUGCAAGUUGGUUUGCAGUUUCUUCUCCUCAUUUAGAAACUUCACUGUUCAUGAUAGCCGGUACUUCCACUUGUUACAUGUAUGGCACCCCCAUCACCGACAUCAAAAUUCCUGGGGUAUGGGGGCCUUUUGAUAGUAUACUUGACAGUAACAGCCACUUUUCCGUAUAUGCUGCUGGCCAAUCGUGCACCGGCAAAUUGAUCGAGCAUUUGUUCGUAACUCAUCCAUGUGCCAAAGAAAUUCUAAAACGGGGCGCCGAUAUUUAUCAAGUACUCGAACGAACCAUUCACGACAUUGAGAAGCAAAAUGGUCAAUCAGUUCAUGUUUUUACGAAAGAUAUAUUCUUCUACGGUGAUUAUGAGGGAAAUAGGACCCCAUUUGCAGAUCCGCGAAUGAAAGGUUCAUUUAUUGGCGAAACCACCGACACAUCAAUUUUAAACCUCAUACAUAAGUAUAUUUGCAUCUUAGAAUUCUUAUCAUUCCAGACAAGACUAAUUAUUGAUACUUUUAAACGUCAAAAUAUAGGAAUGUGCAUUCAAGAAUUAAGAAUAUCCGGUAGUCAAGCGAAAAACAAAAGAUUGCUAUCUUUGAUUUCCUUGGUCAAUAAUGGUAUAACGAUAAACAAACCAAAGGAUAAUGUUGACCUGAUGGGCGUUAGAGGUGCAUAUCUGCUUGCAAAAUCGGCAAAUGAAGGGAAACAAAUAAUUGAUGUUAUAAGGGAGAGGGACACCAGUGAUGACAACGAAAAGUUCGAACCUCUUCCUGAAUACCAACUCCUAAAUGAUAGCUCACUGCUAAGAAGAUUACUUUGGGCUAAAUAUCGUAUACAUUUAGAUAUGGCGAAACAACAGCAGCGAUAUCAUAAACUUAUUGACGAAGUUUUCAGUGGCACCAACUGUUGA